AAGCAAUAAUUCACAUUUCUUCUUCAAAAUUUUCCCCAAUUCCGGUGAUCCUCAACAAUCUCAAGCUUCCCUGUUUCGAUUCAACCCUGUCCGGCGAUCGAUUUGUUCUUCAUUGCCAUAAGCUGUUGAUUCUUGUUGUCAAAAUAAAUGUUCUUUGGCCUUCCUUUUUCUUAAUUUUUCUCUGUAGAUGGAUUAUGAUCGGUUUAUAUGGAAAUUCUGAGAGUGGCCGUCGUCCGCCACUUGUCGGAACCCUAACUGCCAUCGGACCAUUGCAGUUUUUUUCAUCACAUGAUCAUCAUCUAACGAACGAAGAGGCCAUCGAGAGAGUACUCACCUUAGUCAAGAGCUUCCCCAUAGUUGAUCAGCCUUUUAUUAUCACUUCUUUGAAUUUCAGAUCAACAACAACACUCUCACCAAUAAUUCAUAAUUAUUCCUUGGAUUCUCCUGAUCUUCAUCAAUUUCAAGCUUACCGGUUUCAACCUCUUCACUUCGAUUCCUAAGUUUAGCCCGCCGAUCAAUUUGUUCUUCGUUACGUUUUGCAUUGGCUAAUAAAAACUUUUAAUGAUAGAGGAAAUUAAAUAAGCCAGAAUUAGUACUUCAGAAGCUAUAUCAUGCAUUUUCCAUGUUUACAUUUCUAGGUAACUUACUAAAAUGAAGCUCAACAACACUUGAAUGUCUAACCUUCCUUUUAUUUUCUUGUUAAAUAUAUCUAUUCUUUUUCU